AUGCCAGAGUUUAGCGAGGCGGACACAAUCCGCAUCCUUGUUGCCACCGACAAUCAUGUCGGCUACGAAGAGCGUGAUCCUAUCCGCAAGGACGACAGUUGGAGAACUUUUGACGAGGUUUUGAAUCUUGCUCGAACUGAAGAUGUCGACAUGGUCCUUCUCGCCGGUGAUCUCUUCCACGACAACAAACCCUCUCGAAAGUCCCUGUACCAGGUCAUGCGUACUCUCAGACAAAACUGCUUAGGCAUGAAGCCUUGUCCUCUAGAGUUCCUCUCCGACGCUGCAUCUGUGUUCGAAGGUGCUUUCCCACAUGUCAAUUACGAAGAUCCCGAUAUCAACAUUUCGAUUCCUGUUUUUUCCAUUCAUGGCAACCAUGACGAUCCCUCCGGCGAAGGCAAUUUUUGUUCAUUAGACUUGUUGCAAGCAAGCGGAUUGCUCAACUACUAUGGUCGAGUACCCGAGGCAGACAACAUCGAGGCCAAGCCGAUUCUGCUACAAAAGGGACUUACAAAGCUGGCCCUCUUUGGAAUAAGCAACGUACGAGACGAGCGUAUGUUUCGAACAUUUCGAGAUCACAAAGUCAAAUGGUUCCGACCGGGUGCUCAGAUGGGAGAUUGGUUCAAUCUGCUGGCCGUUCAUCAAAAUCACCAUGCACACACAGCUACAUCCUAUCUCCCCGAAAACGUCCUGCCAGAUUGGCUGGAUUUGGUGGUCUGGGGUCACGAACAUGAAUGUGUGAUCGACCCUACACAAAACCCCGAAACAGGAUUCCACGUUAUGCAGCCUGGUUCCUCUGUUGCUACUUCUCUUGUGCCUGGUGAGGCUGUUCAGAAACACGUUGCUAUCGUCAGUGUGACGGGUAAAGACUUCAAGGUUGACAAGAUUCCGCUCAAGAGUGUACGUCCGUUCGUCACACGUGAACUCAAUCUUGCCCAAGACAAGCGCUUCAAGGGUCUGGACAAAAAGAAGGACAACCGUCAAGAGGUGACACGGAGAUUGAUGGAAGUAGUUGAGGAGAUGAUCGAGGAGGCCAAUGCGGACUGGGAGGCAAUUCAAACAGACGAAGAAGCUUUGGAAGAACGACCUCUUCCGCUAAUCCGUCUCAAGGUCGAGUAUACAGCACAAGAUGGUGGUCAGUUCGACAUUGAAAACCCCCAAAGAUUCUCAAAUCGAUUUGUCGGUAAAGUGGCCAACACGAAUGAUGUGGUCUACUUUUACCGCAAAAAGACAGCAUCACGCAAGACAAAUGCUGCCAACCCGACGGGCGCUCUUGAGGCUCUUGAAGGUGGUGACGACAUGGUCAAGGUCGAGAAUCUGGUGCAAGACUUUCUAUCAGCACAAUCUCUCAAGGUUCUACCUCAGGGACCUUUCGGUGAUGCCGUAAACCAGUUCGUGACAAAGGACGACAAGCAUGCGAUGGAACUUUUCGUUUCCGAGCAUCUAACAGGCCAAGUACGAUCCAUGCUGGGUCUGGAAUCAGACGACGAAGAUCUCAACAGUGCCAUGGACAUUUAUCGUACAAGAAUUGAGCAGCAACAGGCUAGAGGCUUACCUACUGCACCUACAGAAAGGAAGAGAGUUCUAAAACCUAAGCCUUCAACUUGGGACAGCGACUUUGACGGCGCUUGGGAGGAAGAGGCAGAUGCAUGGACAUAUGAGGAUGACCAGCAGACUGAAACCACGCGUGCGCCGGCUAAAAAGGCUACACGAGGAAAGAGUAAAGCAGCACAGGAAGAUGAAGACAUGAUGGACGAAGAUGAGCCGCCUGCCAAAAAGCCACCUGCCAAACGAGCAGCGCGCACCACAAAAGCGAAAGCAGCACCAGCCAAAAAGGCACCAGCCAAAGGCCGAGGUCGCAAGGUCUUCGAGGACAGCGAAGAAGAAGAGGAGGAGGAGGAUGUGGUAAUGGAAUCAGAAGAUGAGCCAGCUCCCCCACCACCGCCACCAAAGACACGACGAGCUGCUGCGACCAAGAGCGCUGCAAAGACUACGGCAGCUAAACCAGCGGCUAAGAGCACACGACAGACCAAGUUGAACUUUUCACAGUCGCAAAAGAGCGGUACGCAGAGCAAGGCGGUUGAGAUUAGCGACGAUGAGAUUUCGGAUGAUGAUGCGUUUGAGCCAGCGCCUGCACCAGCACCACGUACUCGACGAAGAUAG